UUCUUUUACAUAACCACAAGAGGAUUCAUACCAGAGAAAAACUAUACCAUUGUGAGAUUUGUGGUGAGGCCUUUACCCAGAGUAAUAUUUUAGUUAGUCAUAGACGAACACACACAGGAGAGAAACCAUAUCACUGUGAAAUCUGUGGUAAAAUGUUUUCCCAGACCAGCAUGUUAUCUACACACAGACGAAUACAUACUGGAGAGAAACCUUACAGCUGUGAUAUUUCUGGUAGAACAUUCUCUGUAAAAAGUACUUUAUCUAGUCACAAGCGAAUACAUACUGGAGAGAGGCCAUACCGUUGUAAUAUUUGUGGUAAGCAAUCUGCCCAAAAUAGUCAUUUAACCAGUCAUAAAUGGACACAUGCUGAAAAAAAGCCUUUUAGUUGUGAUAUUUGUGGCAAAUCAUUUUUACGGAAUGGUGAUUUACCUCGACAUAGGCGCAUUCAUACAGGAGAGAAACCUUUCAGCUGUGAAAUUUGUGGCAAAUCAUUCACCCUUAACAGCCAUUUAUCAAGCCAUAAGAAA